CGAACACGUGUCUCGCGCCACAACAAACCGCUCGAGAAGUUGCGCGAGUCUGUCGCGAGGUAAACAUCGUGAACUCUGUCGGUUCCGUUCGGCGAAACCGAAAUGGAAGUAACGGACAGCCCUCUAAAUCGUGCCCAUCGUUUUGGCCGAAAGGCAGAUCGGUUGGUGGCAAAGGAAUUCUUCGAAGAGGCGAUUUUAUGCCACAAGAAAGCAGCAGAGCUGUUGAAAGAGACGUUGUCAAUAACACAGAGUGAACAGGUACGGCUGUCUUUAGAGCUGCAGAGAGACCGGCAUCUGCAACAGCAGCGACUGAUCGAGAUGAGCCACAGACACGCCAGACUCAAAGGGAAGCGGCCGGUCACCUCAGCCCCGAUAACACGCCGUAGCGGCCCGAAAGCCCUCCAGAGCCCUCCGCUCGGCUGGAAGGCUGCCAAAGACGACAAGACCCGGUUGGAAGAGCAGAGCACGGCCAUCGCUGACCUGUGGAAGCUUGCGGCACUUCUCCUGCUGGAGAACAAGCGCUUGCUGGAGGAGCGUGACAAACUGAAGGCGGAGAACGCUAGUCUGAAGAGAGACCUGUAUGAGGAGCAUCAGAGUCCUCGGGCUUCUGCGCUGGGCAUGAGGCUCCUCCACGUUCCUCCUGAGCUCCAGCAGGAGAUCCAGCUGCUGUUGAAGACGGCAGAGGACAGAUAGACCCGCGUCACAGCUCUUUUGUUUCUCAUGCUCACCAAUGCUGCAUUUAUUUGAUCAAAGAUAUAGUACAACAGCAAAAGGAAAAUAAUAAUACUGUUUAAAACGCCACUAUUUUGAGUUAUGGAAGGUGAUUAUUUUGGUUUUGGAAGUCCUAAAUAACAGGUGGACAUGCAUGCAAGGUCAAAACACACUGUCAUUUUCUUAUAUUAUGCACUUUUUUUAUCCUAUUUGAUCAAAAGAUUCGUUCAGUGGUUCAUUUUUCCAAACUCUUUCCACUGAUUGGUCGAUUUUGUGCGCUUUUUAUUAAGACCAACGAAAAAGAUCACCAAGUGGACAAUAUACUAAUAUUAAACUUUGAGGGCUUGGGACUCGUUUGAAAUGAUUCAGAGUCAACCCUUUCUUUUGAAAGACAGUAACUUUAUACAAGGUGCACUUUCAGAUGUAAUGCUUUGUAGAAUGGUUUUUAAUUCACUUAGAGCUGCGUUACACCCCACAUGAAAGGUAUUUUUUCAAAAAUAGAUAAUAGGAGUGUUAUUUAAAUUAUUAAUAAUCAUUCCUCAACUUGCAUAACCCAAACAAUUGGAUAGUAUCUUUAUCAACUAAUAUUAAGCAACAAAAUAGCUUAUUUCGAGAUAAAAAAUAUAACAUUUUCUUCAGCACUAAAUCAGCAUGUUAGAAUGAUUUUUGAAGGAUCACGUGACUCGGAUUACUAGAAGAAUGAUACUAGAAGAAAUGUUACAUUUUAAAAUCUAUCGAAAUGCUAAAUAUUCUUUUAAAUUGUAAUAUAUCACAAUAUUACUUUUGAUCUAAUAAUUGCAGCCUUGAAGAAACUUCUUUCAAAAACAACUAAACAAAAAAAUAAUUACAUGUAUAAAUACAUGUUCCUAGUCUUUCUAAACAUGUAUUGCUAAUAAUAAAUGAUACACUUUAUUUUGAUAGUUCCGAUAACUUCAAGUAACUUUGUAACUACAUCUCAACUAAUUCUCACUCUGAUUAUUCUAACAAUAGUUAGGGUUAGUAGAAUAAGUUGACAUAUACUGGCAAAGUUUCUGAUAGUAUAGAGUGUUAGAAGAUAUUAGCAGACAGUCCACUGAUACUCUAAUGACUGCUAGUUGACAUGUAGUUGCCAAGUUACUUAGAACUAUCAAAAUAAAGUGUUACCAAAAUGUGGUUUUGAAACGUUAUGAAAAGUUUUUUGUGUGAGGGGAAUCAAGUCAAAUGAUUUUUUUUUUACAUGCGCAAUGGAAAAUGCGUCUCAGUUACACAAAUAUUAUUUUCUCCUUUCGGAGGUUAAGGUUAGGUAAAAAAUAACUUUGAGAAAUCCUAAAAUCUUUGAAUGGAUAUAACUGGAUCACAUGAACAGUCACGACAGACAAAUCAAUUUAGAUUUUUCCAUUUUUAAUGGAAAUUGUAAAACAUCUCUUUAACUUCAAUGUACAUACAGUAGCAAACAACACAUACAGCAAAUAAAGCACACCAUGUUAUAGAAAAUCAUAAUUAUAUAUUUAUAUAUGUAUAUUCUGCUAUUUACAUAUUACAUUUCAGCUUAAAAUUUCACAAGUUUUUUUUUUUUUUU